ACAAAAGCGCAUUUUAACGCUCACGAUUUUGCUGCCUCACCACCUCGCUGGGAAAAGCGUUUGCGAGUACAGUAUGGCGGCGGUAAUGACGUCUUCCGUCCGUGACGUCAUGAGUGCUUUUGUAAGCGUGCGUACAGCCCCAAGUUGAACGGUGUGAACCGUGGUGAACGAUACUCACACCCCGAAAGCUUGUAGGCGUUCAAGUCGAACGCACCCAUUAUCUUCCUUCAUAUCAGAGAUACCAGAUGCGGCUGACUUCAGCCGGUGGCCUCAUCGAGACACUGGCAAUAUGGCGUCGGUGCUGAUAAAGGGCCUAGCGAAUUUCAAUUCAACUGCAUUGCUCGUUGGAUUAUGUAAGACUCCACGAAAACGCCACAAUGUAGCGAUAAUGCAAAUCGCUGGGAUAACUGGUAGAGAGCUCCGACAAAAUAGGCCACCUAAACCACCACCUUACGAUUACAAGCACAAGAAAACAACGCCGUGGACUUAUUUUACGGAUCCGAUGUUGGAACGCUUUGACGACAAUACAAAAAUUGUCAUUAUCGAGGGAAUGCCAACAGUUGGAAAAGAUAAAAUUGCUAAGCAAUUAGCAGAAGACUUGGAAAUGAAGUACAUACCACCACCAAAUUUUGACGAUUUGUGGAUCAACCCUUAUGGUUUUGAUUUGAGGAGUCUCAAUCACAAGUUUCCAGCUAACGCUCAAUUCUAUGAUUUUUCAACUUUUCUUAAAAAUCCCAAACACAUUAAUGUUGCUGCAAUGCAACUUGCUAUGUUGUUUCUGCGAUGCAACCAGUAUGUAGAUGCUUUGGCUCAUCUUUUUUCUACUGGUGAAGGAGUUGUUAUGCAACGUUCGCCUUGGACCGAUCACAUUUUCAUGGAAGCCAUGGCUGCUCGUGGCUUUGUAUCGAAGGAAGCUCUUGACUACCAUCGAUGCGCUGUCAAAGGCACUCUUCAUGAUUUUCUAAAACCGCAUCUCACUAUUUACCUGGAUGCACCAGUUUCCGUUAUCAAGGAAAACAUAAAAAAGCGAAAUCGUUUGCACGAGGUGGAUUCACCAGCUCUGACUGACGAAUAUCUAACUGACUUGGAAAGUCGUUACAAAGAAUAUCUGAGGACCGUUACGACGUCUGGAAACUUGUUAAUAUACGAUUGGAGCACAGAGGGUGACGUUGGCGUAGUUGUUGAAGAUAUUGAACGUUUGGAUUUCGAGGCUGUCGACAGAAACGAUACAAGGUUUCGCGAUUGGAAAUUUGAUCCUGAAUGGGAUAUCCAUCAGAAACGAUAUGAAUACACGAUGACAAAAAGUAGGCUUCUGGCUCCUCUCAUAAUCGCUCGUUUCGAUGUUCCGGAACUUUAUUUAACUGGACAGGAAGACGAACUUUGGGACAACAUUAUGGACCACGUUGAAACGGAACGCUACAACCCUGGUUUCGUUCCUGGAUUCGACAAAGGUAUCCUGUUCAAAUCAAAGGCCACUUUCGAAGAUUUCCUACCUAGGAGCAAAGUUCCAAAGGAAAAGUAAAUCUCUACGCUUAUGUAAUUUAUAUAGAAAGAAAAUUGAAAAAAAAACCACCAGACGCUGGGGAGCAUAUUGGCGGAUUAGCUCUAAAAAUGUCGUAGUUAAAAUUCCGUGGAAAUUCAUUUUUUCCGGAAACGCCAAGUCACCUACGAUGUACGUUACGCAUCGAUGUAUAUGAAAAAAAAAAACGUAUAAAUUGGUGUUUUUUAAUGAA